AGAAAGAGGCAGGGACCAUGACCUAGUGUGUGCGGAGCCCCGAAGCAAUGAGACCAGAGGAACCGAGUGGGGACGACUGGGUGACUGUAGGCCAACCCAGGAGGUGGGGGAAGGGAAGAGAGGGGGAAGGAUGGCUGGCUGUGUCGAAAUUUGGAGCUUUGGUGGAGCUUUCUCCCACUGUCAGCUUUCAGCGUCAGACAGCUCAGCUGGAUGGGGACGGGGGGCAAGGCUGGGGACGCUUGGGGGUGUGCCCGGCGGGCCCUCCCCUUCGCAUUCCGCCCCUUUAAGCAGCUUGACGAGACCAGAGGUUGCAGCUAUUUCUAUCCCAGGAAAUCCCCACGCCAUCUGUGACCAAUGGAGCCCUGAUCUCCCUUCCCAAAGACUGGGCCUGACAGUCCGUCGCUCCCAGGGCGGGAGAAAGCCUGGAUUGGUUGCCCGGGUGUCUGCCAGUGGGGGUUAUAAUGGCAGAGGGGGAACCGGGAACGGCAGUGGAGGUCCAUGGGCUGCCCUUUGAUGUGCCAGAUGAGCUGCUCACACUUUACUUUGAGAACCACCGACGAUCUGGUGGGGGGCGUGUAUUGAGCUGGCAGAGACUUGGCCAUGGGGGCAUCCUCACCUUUCAAGAACCUGCAGAUGCUUGGAGGGUAUUGGCCCAGGCAGAGCAUCGAUUGCAAGGUGCUCGCCUAUGCCUGCGGCCAGCCCCACCAUGUGCCACUACCCGCCUGCUCCUCCAAGGGUUGCCAGCUGGCACCACACCCCAGCGUCUGGAGCAGCAUGUUCAGGCCCUAUUGUGUGCCAUAGGACACCCAGUGCGGCCCUGCCGUGCCCUGGCCAGCCCCAGGCCUGACAGGGCCCUGGUCCAGCUACCCAUGCCUCUUCCUGAAGCAGAAUUCCGGGUCCUAAAGGAACAGGCUCAGAAUCUGGGCCUGGAUGGGGCCUCUGUGUCUGUGGCCCAGGUGCCCCAGGCUCGAGCAGUGCGUGUGGUAGGAAGCAGCCCACCCGUGGACUUGCUGCUGCUGGAGCUAUACCUGGAGAAUGAGCGCCGCAGUGGUGGUGGGGCCCUGGAGGGCCUUCGCAGCCUGCCUAGGCAGUUGGGCACUGUCGUCUCCUUCCAGCAGUGGCAGGUGGCAGAACGGGUGUUACAGCGAGAUCACUGGCUGCAGGGCUCAGAGCUGAGCCUGGUCCCCCACUAUGAAGUCCUGGAGCCUGAGGAGCUUGCUGAGGGCACUGCUAGAGGGAACCACCUAUCCGUGAUGGAUCCUGGAACUGUGGACCAUGGUCUCCUGGAGGCUGGAGGGCUGGCAGGGGCCCCAAAGGGUGCAGGGACUAUAACUAUAGAUUCUGGGGAGGCACCAGGGCAAUUAGGAGCCUCUCUGGGAAAAAUAAACAAGGGAUCUUCAAGACAGGUCAUACUAGAUGAUUUGGGAACUGUGAGAUCUCCAGAGCAAGAGGGGCUAAUGAACCAGGGUCCUGUGGAGCUGCUGGAGCAGGAGAGUGCCAUGAGCGUGGAAACUAUAGGGUCUCCAGAGCAGGCUGGGCUCUUGAGCCCAGAGCUUAAGGGAUCUGCAGGACUGGUGGGCCCAAUGGAGAGCUCCAUGAAGUUGCUAGGGCAGCAGGGCCCAGGACCCUUGGAUCUGCUAGAGCAGGAGGGCCUGAUAGGAGUUGCCAUGAGCUCACUGGGGCAGGAGGGGCUGGUGAGUCCAGUGGAUAUCACCAUGGACUCUGCAGGGAAGGCUGGGUUGGAGAGCCCAGGGCAUGUGGGGAUGCUGGGGCAGGAGGGCCGGGUAGAGAUUGUGUUGUCGAUGGAGCCAGGGGCAAUGCGCUUCCUGCAACUUUAUCAUGAGGACCUUCUUGCCAGCUUGGGAGAUGUUGCCCUCUUCCCACUUGAAGGAAUGGAUGUGACAGGCUUUCGGCUCUGUGGAGCCCAGGCCCCAUGCCAAGCGGCCCAGGAGUUGCUACAGAGUCUGCUGGGCAGCAUUAGCUGCCACAUGCUGAGCCUGAGGCAUCCAGGCAGUGCCAGAUUCCUGCUGGGGACAGAAGGACAGCACCUUCUUCAGGUUCUAGAGGCUCAGUUCCAGUGUGUUUUUGGGACAGAGCAUCUGGCUAGUGCUACUGUGGACACAAACUCUGAAGAGAUGGAUCCCACUGAGGCCCUUCAGGUCCUCCCUGCACACAGCUACACUCUGUGGUCCCCAGAGAGUACAGGCGCUGACCAGGAGAAUGUGAGCCUGGAGGAAGUCCAAGAGAUGCUGGCCACCUUGGAGAGCCUAGAUCUGGAGCACUGGAAGCCCCCGGAGCUGCAGGAGGAGAAGCAUGAGGAACAACCAGAGGAUGCAGCAAAUCCAGAGGAGGAGGAGAGUAUAUCUGGAGCUGGGGAGGAGCCUGUGGCACCUAACACUGGCACACCUGAUCAUGAACAGCUGAAGGAGGAGGCUGCACUGCAGCUGGCCCUCCACCGCUCACUGGAGUCUCAGGACCAGGUGGCUGAGCAGAAGGAAGCUGCCACACUAAGGCGAGCCCUGGCCCUCUCCCUCUUGGAGCAGCCUCUGUUGGAGGCAGAAGAGCCCCUGAGUGGCUGUUCAGAUAAUGGGGCCCAACUGGUGGUGCAUGUGUCUUUUGAGCAGGAUAUGGAAGAGUUGGACCGGGCACUAACGGCUGCCUUGGAGGAACACCUCCAGGAGAAGACAGUCAGGCUCCAGGGCCAUGUGCUGCCCACAGAACUGUGUGCUCCCCUGGAGCGGUGCCAUGGUGUGAGUGUUGCCCUGUGUGGUGACAGUAUUCGUCUCCGUGGCUUUGGGACCCAGCCUGCUCGUGCAGCCCGCCACUUAACUGCACUUCUUGCUGGCCCUUGGGAUCAGAGUUUGGCCUUCCCCUCUGGGGUUUCAGGUACCACCUUGCCAGAGCAGAGCUUGAAUGAACCCUUGGGUAGACUGGAGGGUCUGGCAGAGAGUACCAGGGAGUUCCAGGAAGUGGUGCAAGCCUUCUACAACACCCUGGAUGCUGCUCACAGCAGAAUCUGCAUUGUCCAGGUGCAGCGUGUGUCCCACCCGCUGCUGGAGCAGCAGUACCAGCUGCACCGGGAUCGUCUGGUGCAACGCUGCACGCAGCACCCUGCAGAGCAGGUCCUGUACCACGGCACGUCGGCGUCCGCGGUGCCUGAGAUCUGUGCGCACGGCUUCAAUCGCAGCUUCUGUGGCCGCAAUGGCACGCUAUACGGGCAGGGCGUGUACUUCGCCAAGCGCGCCUCCCUGUCGGUGCAGGACCGAUAUUCGCCCCCCAACGACGAUGGCCACAAAGCGGUAUUCGUGGCACGGGUGCUGACAGGGGACUAUGGGCAAGGCUGCCAGGGUCUGCGGGCUCCCCCUCUUCGGGCAUCCGGCCACACCCUCCUGCGCUAUGACAGCGCUGUGGACUGCCUCAACCAGCCCAACAUCUUUGUCAUUUUCCACGACACCCAGGCGCUGCCCACCCACCUCAUCACCUGCAAGCGCCUGCCCCACGUUUCCUCUGCAACCCCUCUUGAGCUUUAAGGGCCCUCUCCAGCCACCUGACUCCAGGCGGGCUUGCUCCUCAAAUUCCCGCUCUCACACCCCGCAUGGCGAUAGCUAGCAGGGGCCAAACAGACCCAGAGCACUGGGCCAACGCGCUCCUCCGCCGGACCCACCACCAGGGGUCAGCAGAGCCCAGCGGGAGGGUACGCCGACUGGACACGCCCGUCUUGGCCCGACCCCGCCCGAGCGCGGUUCUGUUUUUGAAUAAAACCUGUGCGCGACAGGGCAGAAGGACCCUGGAAACUCAAAA